CUCUUUGGGCUUUCAUCCCUUCGCUCUCCUUUCACUCCCAGUUACCCAGGCCUCUCUGUCAAAUUUUCCCUUCCGCCCUUAAACUCCUCUUACAGUGACUUUGUAAAGGCUGAAAAUAAAAGGGAAGGCCCCGUGAGAGAUAGGGAACUUUUUUCCUUUAUUUUAUACUAGUUGUGCAAAUUUCUCUUUUGUACAUCAUCUCAGAGGAUUAUACCUGAAUUCGCUCCACUUGCGAAGGCACUCGUUUUGAAAAAAUGCAUAGCCCUUGCUCCUUAUCUCUUAGGCCAUGUUUACAAAGCAUGCUCCCAAUUUUGUGAAAAACCUCUCGAUGUUAACCAAGGAGGUCCCCUCUGGGUGCUCCAACUCUGGCUCUUCACCUAUUUCACUGAUUUGCAUCCCAAAUGCUUAAAAUUCCUUGUUCAGGAUCCUAGCACUUAUGGGGAGAAGUAUGCUAGGAUUGUUCUUUAUCCUGCUUUCCUUUGCUUAUUACCUUACCUUUUUUACCAACUCCCUAUUUCUCCAUCUGCCACCUUCUUUUAUCCCUUUGAUGCCAGCAAAGGACUUGUUUGGCUGCAAACCUUUUUGGCUGAUAAAGAGUGCUCCACCUCACCACACAAAGAUAUGUGGGCUUCUAUUCUGCUACCGAGGGAGCUGUUCAUUGGCACUUUAAACCCUCGAGCUUAUAAAUGUAUAUCUGAGGUGUAUUGCCCUUCUCAGUUUGCCAGGCAAUUUGGGUUCACUUAGGGGAUUCCUGUUCCACUUUGCAGUCUCUCGAAUGUUUAUCUCACGGCUAGAGACCUGAGAAUCCCCAAAUCCAAACUAGAGGCGGCUACAUUCAAACUGCUGAAAGAAUUGAGUGAGUUCACAUUUGUCUCAUUUCUUCCAUCUGGCUUGGUUUUGAAAAGAUUCCAAAACUGGUGGACAGCCAACAUGGAAGUACGCCUAUCAGUGCACCCUCACGAUUUACUGAAAGGGUUAGGAGUGCCUUCUAAGGCUAAAUCAACAACAGCCGAGAACAUGCCUUCUCUUUCCACAGUUGCUCAAACUGUUCCUGCAGCCUCAACCCUUCCAGCUAGAGUCACUAGAGCUGCUUCAAAAAAGGGUUAGUAUUCUCAGGUUCCUUUUCUUUUCAACUCUUUUUUUUGUUUCCUCUUCACUCAUACAUUUUAGUGCAGGGUCUCUACAAAAAGAAUCUCCUAAGAGAGCUGAAACUCUAGCUGUUCACAAGGACAAACAACAGCAGAAAAAGAAAAGAAAGCUGGUACUCACUCUUGAAGAAUCUAAAUCCCAAACCGAAGAGAGGGAGAUUGAGAAAGAACAGGAGGUACCAUUACAGAGGAAAAAGAGAAAGCAGAUGACUGUCUCUUCUGCUGAUUCAGUCGAAAAACCUACUCAUGGGACAGCUACCAAAGUAGCAGAAAAGAAACUCGCCCCUGAAGAGUCUGAGUCCCAUCUUGAAGAGAGAGAGGUUGAGAAAGAACAGGAAAUACCAGUACCAAGAAGAAAGAGAAGGAAAAUGACUGUCUCUCCUUCUAACUUGGUCGAAGACCUUGUUCAUGAGGCGGCCGCCAAGGCAGUAGAGCAUGAGUAUUCUAAGGCCCUAAUUGUUUUUUAGAGAGCUGAGAAGAGAUGGCAGCAGCAGUGCUUAAGAGAUGAAGUUGCUGCUGUUGAUGCAAUCCAAAGGGACACUGUAAGAAGGCAGCAAAUUGCUGAGCACUAUUCCCUUCGCAACUCUCCCACUGUUGCUACCUCUUCUGAAACAACAACAACUACUGAGCCUGUUCUUCCAAUAAGGACUUCCUCAGUUUCAGUUGAAGUUGAUCAAUUGCAAACUGUGAGAUCCAUUCAGAUAAUACUCCCACUUCCUAGGCCUAUAUUCUCUGUACCCUCCUUGAGGCCAAGUAUUCCUGCAUCUCUUUCCUUUGGAUUAAAUCCAUAUCUUCCUUACUUAUCUUUUGAUCUACCUCAAUUCAGUUCUCUUUCGAGGCUUGCUCUUUCUCCUUCUUCUAAGGAAAUUCCAACUGAUGCUCCAUCUCUGAUGGUAGUUCAUUCCCCUAUAGAGGGUGCUGGCAGCUCUCCAAUUCAUAGUUUAUUAUCGCUGCCUAGUUCCAGCCCUUCUUCCCUUGACCUAUUGGUGGCUAGGACCAUAGAGACUGCUGAAGAUGCUCCACCUAUUUCUCCUAUCCCUAUGCAGUCCUCUGUGCCUUCCACUACAGCUCUUUUUGCGCCCCUCAUGUCCACGGAUGAGGUAGAUAUCUUCGAAGCAAGACUCGCCAGUCUCUGCGACAUGCCCUCUACCUCUUCAAUAGCCAAUGAUGAAGCUGAGCCAUUAGUUUUGGCUGACUCCUUGCUAGAAAUUUUUCAGAGUCCUUCUUCCAGUAGUAAGCCUUCUACACCUCUAAUAGACUUAGACAACUGCCUGGAACUAUUGACAUCUUUUUCAAGGAUUCCUUUCGAGGCCCUAGAGAGACCUAUAAUAAGGAAUGGCUUCCUUCAGUGUUGCAAAGUUGUUCAGCAAUCCGGCAUGAGUGUUUCAAGUCAUCUAUCUCAAGCAGCAGCUACUAUUGACUUCUACAUCAAUAUUUGCUAUGCUGCCAAGGCUGCAGAGGAGAAAUUGGUUAGAGAUCAGAACUUUGUUUCAAUAGUACAUGCUGAGGUAUCAGAGCUAAAGAAACAACAUUCCUCUGUCUCCCAAUUUCGAACUCAACUACUGGAGAGGAAGGCUCAACUUGAGGAGGAGCUAUCCAUAGUCAACCAGGCCUUAGUCCGAACUGAUACCAAGUUGCUGAUCACUAACCAAGGAUUGGUCGAUCGAAAGCAAGAAAUGACUAUAGCCAUUCAGUUGUUUUCAUCCUUUAAAAAUAGAACAUAUGUUGUAAAAGAACAACUAAGGCAUUGUGGCGGAGGCGAUGAUGACAAUGACAAUGAUAGUGGUGGUUAUGGUGCUAAUGAUGAUGGUGACAGUGGUGGUAGUGUACGAUGUGGAGGGAUAAUGGUUGUGGUGAUAGUGGAAAGGUGGUGUAGUGGACGCUGUGAUGGUAUUUGUGGUGAUUUGAUGGUGAUGGUGAUGGUGGUGGUGUAA